CGUACGUGGACAAGAAUCACGAACGCGACUCAUCGUCUCCACUCACCUCAAAGGCUCUGAACAUGGAAGAGAUCGGCAGCUUCGUUAGUAUUAUCCGCACCGAUGAAGCAAGGAUCGAAGGAAUCCUUGUUAAGGUUGAUCUUUCGAACCAGAGAGUCGCUGUCAAGAACGCAAGGAACUUUGGAAGCGAAGGAAGAAAGCUUCGCGAAGCUCAGAUCCCACCAUCAUUACUCCUCCAUGGAUGCAUAACACUGGGAUCACGUCAGAUCAAGGACAUGGAGAUCAUUUUGCUUUCACCUCAGGAGAGAAACUUCCCAUCUCUUUCUCAACGCAGGAUUGGAGCAAGGAACAAGGUGGAUGGACCUUCCUACUCCGAGAUCGCUAAGGGGAAGAAGAACUAG